AUACAUCUCGAAUGAGACUAGCAUAGCAAAUAGAAAAGAAUUGAUACUUUCCUUUACAGAUAGAAAAAACGACUUUUUUAAAAUGUCAGUAAUACUAAUUUAUAGAAUAAGGGGAAAAAAGGAGAAGAAUAAAUGCAAAAGAGGGGAAGGUGUAUAUAUGGUUGGAAAUGCUGGAAUGGAAUUACCAUUGAUUAUAUUUCAUUAAUCAUAUGAGAAUGUUAAUUUUUUUCAUGACGGUAGCAUACACUUUGCCUUAAACCUGAACUUAGUUUCAUCUCCAUAUGAGCUUCAUAAAAAUUUCAUGCGUUUCAGAGCCACUUUAAUAAUUGAUGAGCCAAUAAGAACCAUAUAUAUGUAUCUCCAGUUUAUCUUCAUUGCAUUGGUUAUCAGGAAACUGAGAGCUAAAUAUCAUGCACAGAAAUUCUGUUACUCUCAUGUCCAUGAUUAGUAUUGCUUAUUCUUCCUUUUACAUGCUGUUUAAUUUCUAUUGUAAGUAGCUUUAUUUUAUACAAAUCUUUUAUAUGAGAUGUUCAUCCAUUUUAGAACUAACCAGGAUAGAAUAAAUAAAUAAUGUGGUACAUUCUUAUAUCUGGAUUGACUGAGCCUGGGCCCUCCAUUUAAAGUGACUAAUAAACGUACCAUAAGAAUAUGGCUGCACAAAUGCCAGAAUCUGAUCAGAUAAAACAGUUUAAGGAAUUUCUUGGAACCUACAAUAAACUUACAGAAACCUGCUUUUUGGACUGUGUUAAAGACUUCACAACAAGAGAAGUAAAACCUGAAGAGAAUACCUGUUCAGAGCAUUGCUUACAGAAAUAUUUGAAAAUGACACAAAGAAUAUCCAUGAGAUUUCAGGAAUAUCAUAUUCAGCAGAAUGAAGCCCUGGCAGCCAAAGCAGGACUCCUUGGCCAACCACGAUAGAGAAGUCCUGAUGGAUAAACUUGCCAUGAGAGAUUGCCAACAGCUAUUGCACUGGAAAUGAGGAUUCAUGUGCUAGAAUCUCCUGAAUGCAGUAGCCACCACGUUACACCAUCUGUCAUGACUGUUUGGCAAAUGGAAGAAACAAAAUUGCUGUUUACCAGGAAUGAUCAAAAUAGAAGGUCUUAUUGUUCAAUGAAAAUAGUAAGAUGCAACAUUUGUUGAGGCCUUAAGAUUCAGCAGCCUAGUCAUUUGAUUAGAAAAAUAAACCAUUGUUUCUUCAAUUGUGACUGUUAAUUUUAAAGCAAAAUAUAUGUUCAAUCAUGUAUUAGAAAAAAAUUUUUAUUACUAAAAGUAAAAUAAAUGGAAGUAUCACU